GAUCAUAAAUGCAGCCACAUAGUUGUGCCUGGUACACUAGUGUUACCUGCAGCUGACCCCUACACGUCCAGCACUACAACUACAGAUUUCAGAGACUAAAACCAUGAGCCCCAAACAUGUUAUCUUCAAGAAACUCUCCCGUGAUAAGUCGGUUGGGGUGUACAUGGCCAAGAGGGACUUUGUGGAUCACUGUGACUCUAUCGACCCUGUUGAUGGAGUUGUGCUGAUCGACCCUGUACAGGUCAAAGGAAAGAAAGUGUUUGUCAUGCUGUCCUGCACGUUCCGGUAUGGCAGAGAUGACAUGGACGUGAUGGGUGUGGCCUUCCGUAGGGACAUCUUUCUGACCACCCGACAGGUGUACCCCGAACUGCAGGACAAGGAAAGGAGCAUACACACCAAGAUGCAGGAGAAACUACUGCGCAAGCUGGGAGACAAUGCCAUUCCUUUCUUCUUUGAGUUCCCAGACAACCUGCCGUGCUCUGUGUGUCUGCAGCCGGCUCCAUCCGAUGUGGGCAAGCGCUGCGCUGUCGAAUUCGAAGUAAAGGCUUUCUGUGCCGAGAACCAAGACGAGAAAAUCGAAAAGCGGAGCUCUGUGCGUCUGGCCAUCCGUAAGAUCCAAUACGCACCGGAGGAUAGUAAGACCAUCCCGUCCUCAGAGAUCACCUGUGAGUUCCUCAUGUCGGACAAACCCCUGCAUAUGCAGGUCAGCCUGGAGAAAGAGACACACUACCAUGGUGAACCAAUCAAGGUCAGUGUCUACAUCAACAACAGCUCCAGCAGAUCACUGAAAGACAUCACUGUUGCAGUGGAGCAGGUGACCAACGUGGUACUUUAUUCCAAUGACAAGUAUGUAAGGGCAGUUGCCCUUGAAGAGACCUCAGAUACAGUGCCCCCUGGAACAACCCUGAAGAACGUGUACACCCUCAUUCCUCUAUUGGCUGCUAACAAGGAAAGACGAGGCAUUGCUCUGGAUGGGAAACUGAAGCAUGAGGACACCUGUCUGGCUUCCUCGAGCAUUGUGAAGGAGGAAGUCCUAAAGGAAGUGCAGGGUAUGCUUGUGUCAUACAAAGUGGUGGUUAGGCUCAAUGCUUCUGGGAUGGUGGGAUCUAGUGAGGUUGCAGUGGAGGUCCCAUUCCGGCUCAUGCAUCCUAAACCUGAGCCAGCUAAGGAGGGUGAGUCUGAUGACAUGGUGUUUGAGGAGUUCAAGAGGGUCUACCUGAAAGGAGUCAUCCCUGACGAUGAUGAGUCACCCACCGAGGCAUGAGCGGGCUGUCCAAGCAUGGGUCAGCCACACUGUCGAGCCAUGGCCAAAGGCCUAAUGUACAACAUCAGCUGGACGUCACAGCUUGAAAUGCUGAGGGUCAUGAAGAACCGAAAGGCGAGAUGAUGUAGAGAGCUUUUAAAAAUUGUUUGCUUAUGUAAUGUUGUCACUUGUCUGCUUUGCUGCAUGACUCAUUGCUCCAUAUUGGUCAGGUCGUUAUUGUUAAAGAGAUGUGUUCUACAUGACUUGCCUGGUAAAAUAAAGGAAAAUCAAUAGAUAAAAUAAGAUUACUGUAGAUGCCAUGGGAUUGCCAUUCAGUAUACCUGUAGACAAAUCCAGACCCAAGGCCUAUGCUUUAUAGUCAUGUUCACUGUUGUAUUGAUUUACUGUACGUUAUACAGAAUACAUCUGUACUGAAUCAC